AUGGUCACCGGCAACUUCAAAUACAACAGUUUGCAGGAGAAUGAGAUCAGGGUGUUGGUGCUGGAUGCAGCAGCUCAAGAAAGAGACACUCUCUCGGGCGCUCUCGUCGUUGUGAAGCAUAUGCCAGGCGAUCACGUCACACGGUACGAUGCAAUGUCGUACAUUUGGGGUGACCAGUCAGAUCCAGACUACGUAGAUCUCAGGCACCCAAGACCGAUUGGUCAUGAUAUAUCAUACACUUGCGACAAGGAGUCUUUGGGGACGCUCGCCAUCGGUCGCAAUCUUGCCUCGGCGUUGCGAAAGAUCCGUCACCAAAGCAACAACCAGAUCCUCUGGGCCGAUUCUAUCUGUAUCAAUCAAAAGGAUCUGGAUGAACGCGCCGCGCAGGUGUUGCGAAUGCGCGAAAUAUACAAGCACGCUCAGCGUGUUAUUGCCUGGCUUGGCCCUGCAGACAAGCACAGACCUAUCGCUAUCGCUAUACUGGAAGAACUAGCCAACUGCGUUAACUUUAUCAACAAAGAGAAUGACAUCUUGGAUAACCGAAUAACAUUUAAACCAGACAAGUAUGACUUUAUCAUGAGAAGAUACCCGGACAACUCACACGACUGGUCCAAGCCAAUGCCGUUCUCUGACCACCAACGGAAGGCCUUGAUAUCCUUGAUAUCGCGGUCCUGGUUCCGCCGACUCUGGGUACGUCAAGGAAUCCUACUGGCGAGCAAAGACACGAUUAUCCUGGUAGGAGACGAUAGCAUGCCUUGGCUGCACUUUAGGAGCGCUAUCGAAAUGAUUACCUCAAAAAGAGAGGCAUUAGCUGGCACGGUAGACAUCCAUACCAUGGUCGAAUUCUCCAAUGCACGCAGCUUUUCACCCCUUCGACACUUGAAGGGCUUUUUCUCUCUCGUAGCUUACACACACGCCUGCGAGAGGGUGGCUUCACCAGCGAAAAUGUGGUUGAUUGGUGAAAAGGACGUCAAGGAUGUCCAUCGCGAUGCUUUGGUUCGAGCGUCGACGUAUCACCAGGAUCUCAAGUUGAUGUCGCUGUCCGGCCGGCCCAUAACUUACGGUCGAGCUGCUCUUUGUUCUGCCGAGAAUGGACAUGCGUUCACCAAAGAGCAACUGUUACUGCAAGGUAUACGCUGCGAGUACAUUACGGAGCUAGUCGGGCCCCAGGACAGUCAAAACUCACAAGCCGAGCUCCAGGCCACUGUAUUAGACGCAGCACGACGCUAUCUGGGCCCAGAACCAGAGACUUGGGAUUUCCAAAAGGUUCAGCAGUUCUUCCUCAUGUUACAUAUGCAGGAGCAGUUGGCUGAGCAAAUCAGCGCCCAUAGCAAGACGCUUGGUGGUCAACUUGCACACUUGACUUACUACAUGCACAAUCGCUCUAUAUAUCUAACCAAGAUGGGUUACAUCGUACUAGGUCCUCGAGGCUGCCAGCCUGACGACCCAGUCGUUAUCUUUCUUGGCUGCCAUCUGCCUAUGGUGCUUCGGUCGAUAGAAGAUGACGAGUUCAAACUCAGAGGGCCAUGUGUUCACCCAUCACUCUUGGGCGGCGAAGCUAUUCUCGGCGAGUUGCCCAACGGUUGGCGCCUGAGCUAUCCCAAACGUGGUGAAAAGCCUAUCCUUGAGGAUCCAGAUGGAAAGCGACAUCAUAUAGACCCACGACUGAAUGGCAUCCCGAUCUCAGAGGGAUGGGAACUACGCUGGAGAGAUAAUGGUACCCCGUUCUGGUACAUUGCUACAGAAGAUCGCUGGACCAAUUUUGAUCCAAGAGUCUCACUGGAAGGCCUUAGGAAGAGGGGGAGGAAAGUGGAUGACUAUGUACCGCGAUAA